ACAGCAAGGAUCAGAAGAACUAUCAAUCAUUUUCCUUUUUUUUUUUUCCCUCAUCAUAACUAGUGUAUAAUUUUUUUUGUCAUAAUGGACCGUCUAUAAAUAAGAAGUCAGACAGCAGAAAGUCUACAACAUUUGCAAAGCCAAGAGUGUCAAGUGUGCUUCAACAAUAUGAGAUCUCUCUCUAUUUUCUUCCUCCUCUUCUCUCUUACUUUGUUGGGAUAUGUAAGUGAUGCAAGAAAUGAUCCAGAAGAAUAUUGGAAGAGCAAAAUGAAUGGAGAUCCUAUGCCUAAAGCACUUAAGGACCUUCUCCAUGAUCAAUACCAAGAUUUUCCAACAGAAAAUAAUAAAAGGGACAAAUUUCUUCGAGAUUUUGAUACGAAGGCUAAUAUCAUUAUUUAUCAUAACGAUGUUGAUAUAUAUCCCAAGAGACCCGGGCCUACUCCUAAAGAUGAUAAUAUUUCAGAAACCAAAGAAGCAGAAAGGAGACAACCUGUAGAUCCAUGAAAUUAAUUAUGGUUAUGUCACUUUUAUUCUCCUUUUUUUUAAUGGGUAUUUUCUUAUUUAGUUAAUAGUAUUAAACUUCGUGUUGACUAAUCAGUUGUGUCUAGUUGGUAUUUGUAAUUAUACGGUAAUUUCUUAUGAUGAUGGUUUUGAAUGUUAAGACAAAAAAUUUAUUACA